AUGUGUGAUAUUAAAGCUGAAAUCAAAAAGGUCUUUGAACAAAUUGACAAGGACAAGUCCGGGAAAAUCAGCGCUUCUGAAUUGAAGGCUGCUCUCGAAACCUGUUCUAGUGUUCCUCUCGACGACGAGAAGGUGAAGCUCUUCAUCGCGCAAGUUGACGCUAAUAAAGACGGUGAACUGAGCCUGGAUGAGCUGAUGAAACUGCUUGGUCAUUAA